AUGCAGAAUCUGCGUGCAUUUUUCAAUCUUGACAAAGCUGAACGACAUUUUCAGGAUAGGAAACUACCUAAUUUAUUGUGGCUACUUGUCCAGAUCCAAUGUCUUUUCUCCAAUCUUUCAAGACAGCAAAAAGACUACUCUGCUCAUUGUAGAUUAGCAAUUAAAAAUUAUGACGGUAUUAGAAGUAUUUCUGUUUGGGAAUCUCUUCCUGUCUCACCAGUAAAAGGUUACAGUGGCAUCACAAUAGUAAUUGCAGAUAUUCAAAAGCUUGCACUUGUAACUAGAGAGAGUAAACCAACUCAAGUGUACUUGAAAUGUGCCAUAAGGGAGGGACACGACGUUUCUAGAGUGCCUUAUAUUCAAGGACCAGAUAUAAUUAUUUGA